AUGUUGCUGUCCUCGGAAAGGCGGCAAGCGAGGCAGCCGGAACUUCGGCGAAAGUACAACGACUUCCUGACGGAGUAUUUGGCGCUGGACCACAUGGAGAUCGUCCCACGAGGGCACGCAGCUCCUAGUGAGGCGUACUACAUGCCACAUCACGCCGUCUUUAAGGCGUCUGAUCCGGCGUCAAAGAUCCGUGUAGUUUUCAACGCCUCUGCCCGUACUACAUCAACUUACUCCCUGAACGACUGCCUGCUACCAGGGCCGCGACUCCAGGCGGAUCUUUGGCUGGUCAUCACUCGAUGGCGCAUGUUCCGAGUCGGCUUUUUGGCAGACAUUGUCAAAAUGUUUCGCCAGGUCCGGAUCCAUAAGGAGGAUGCAGAUCUUCAGCGCAUAGUCUGGCGCCCGGAGCUAACGGGAGAAGUCCGUGACUUCCGUCUCUUAACAGUAACUUACGGAGCACGGGAGUUACAGAACCAGCUGGUGGCUAUACUUCGAGAGGGCGGCUUCGCCCUGAGCAAGUGGGCGUCCAACGAUCCGUCCCUCUGUAUCAGAACCGGACAGGAGGAAUGCGUGCUUCCGGCGGGCGAAGUGGUCAGCGCACUUGGCAUUCGGUGGGACCCAGCUGCCGAUACCCUUACGUUAAAGGUGACUUUACCCUCGGAUCACAAGGCCGUCACGAAGAGGGUGGCGCUCUCCGAAGUGGCUCGUUUGUUUGACCCCUUGGGAUGGGUCGCACCGGUCUUAAUCUUCGGUAAGAUCUUCAUUCAAGAUCUGCGGGUGCGAGGAUGUGACUGGGACGAGCCUCUGGACACGGAGUUGAAGCGUUUAUAG